AUGAAAACUCAACUCAAGCACGCUUGCUUUGAAUGUGAUCAACAGAGCACAGCGCUGAGUUGUGGUGAGAGGCUAAAGCAAAUUCAUCAAGAUAUUGCAACAAUGGAUACGUUGACAGAAGAUCUCGCACGGUCAGAUGUGGACAGUGAGAUGACAGCGUUGACAUCUGAAGAUAUUGCUGAACAAAACCUCGAUGCCAGCGAUGACGUGGAGAACCUUCGAAACAGUUUACGUGAGGCCGUCCACGAUGACAACGUCCGGCCUAAGAUGCAGUGCCUGAUGAUGGACUCUUCCUUCUCCAUGGUAACUAUGCAAGGCGAGGACAGCGGGAUCGCAUGGGAGACUACCCCUAGUCGCUGCACCACGCCAUGGGCAUCCGAAGCUGGAAACCCCACUGUGGAUCUCAGCUCUCUGGUUGCAGUACGGCCUGCAACAACUGGGUCAGUUCCAGCAGGAAAGAUUAUAUUUGUCAUGGAUGAGGAGCUGAUUUCAAGACGGAAGAAGGAAAGGGUAAGCAGUCAGAAGAGCAAGGCAGACAGACAACGAGAAGUCCUUGUAGAAAGUUCUGAAAACAUCUCAGGAAGGCCGGAGUUAGUAGGAGUCUCACAGCCAAAUGUGAAAACCGAAGGAGAAGGAGACGAAGAGGAACCAAAUGAUCCAAUGGUAGAUAAAGAGCAACGGCUGUUCAGCUUAGUGUCUGAGGGCUCUGAAAUCCUCAACAUUGUUGUUCCUCCAAAACUGGCUACUGUGGAUGAAGAGGAGAGCAAAGAAAUGGUGGACAACCUUUCUUAUCUGGAGGAGAGUCCUGUUCCUAAAGCCAGUGAAGACACCCAUGAUUACGAGCUGGUGAUCUCAACAACAGGAUCAGGUGCAGCAGGAGGUGACCAGGUCAUGCCCUCACCUUCCAUAGGUCCAAAUGUAAUGGAUCCACCAGGGGCUCCAGUGGCCAGACCUCCGGGCAGAGGAGCUGCUGGCAAUGUGGACUACUUUGAGGCGUUCACCCUGAUCGAUGCUCAGGCUCCAGGAGGUCCGGCUGUGACCGCACAGGGACAGGGGGAACAAGAGGCAGAAGUUGCCACUGAGAGCCAGGACACAGAGAAAUCUGUGCAGUCUAAAGACGACGCCACCACCACAACAACUGUGGAUAAUGACAUGUCAGACACAAUCAGUCUAGAGGAAAUCACCAGUGAGCUCCUAGAUGAAGUCUUCUACGGUGGUACAGACAACUACAUUAAAGGUCUAGACAGAGAGGACGGAGUGGCUGAAGGUGCGCCCUCUAGACUCCCUUCAAAACAGAGUGGUUCGACUUUGUUUGGAAGCCAAGAGGACAUCCUGACUCCAAUCUUUCUACCAGAAGGACCUCCCAAAAUUAUUGACCCCAUUUUGUUGGAGGAGCCCAAAGCCAUGGCUUUCCUUUACACUGACCUGUAUGAGGAAGCAAUCGGCAGUUGGAAAAAAGAAGAGGAUACAGAAAGUAUGACCUCUGAGAAGUCUUUCCACAGCAGGCAUUCAGACCGGGAGGCCAGGGGAUAUUUAGAGAAAUAUGUCCUUAUAGAUGAGACUCCUGCGGUGGAAGUGGAACUAACUGAUAAAGGAAAAUGCCCAGAGGAAGGUCCUCAGGUAUUGUCACAAGAAAUUUAUGAUUUUGGCGAUUUGCUGUCCGAGCCUGAAAAAGGUGAGAUGCCAAAUUCAGAGGAGGAAAUCACAGACUUCUUCAGGUCCAGUGCCAAUUCUUCUCCAUGUGAUAUUGAGCCUUUCGCUCGAUCAUUCGAAGAGGAUGAAACCCCAACAACUACGAAGAGUAAAGACAAAACAAACAAAAAUGUCUCGAUCAAGGUAGAAAAAGUCGCUGUAGAUCCACUUAGCAUCUCGAGCUUCGAGUUUCCCUCAGAGGAAACUGACUGGGGAAGUACAGAUGAUCAUCCUACAGCUCUGGACGAGAAAGAUGUCAGUGUGCAUACAGAUCAGGAAUUGUGGAAGCAAGAUUCGGAAAUGCAAAAGCCAGUUGCCCCUCCCAGGAGAAAGGAAACAUCCGCUCCUAAGACAUGUUUGGACCUAACACCCCUGACUCCAGUUGACGUUAUUAUACAGGAAAAAGAAGAGGCUUGUGGAAAGGAACAGAGGGAGGAGGAGAAAGAGACGGCAUCACCAGCAGAGACUGCCGACGAGGAAGAUGGAGACGGAGAGGAAACGUUGGCUGCCCUUCCGGUCGAGGUUGGCGAGAGAAGACCGACGUGUUUACGUUGCCGUCGCCCUCAGAAGGUGUGUCUCUGUCCUUUUCUUCCACCACAACCCCUGGAGGUCUCCACAUGUCUGUAUGUAGUGCAGCAUCCUGCAGAGGAGAGCAGAGUACUUCGCACAGUGCCUCUACUUGCUGCUUGUUUGCCACAAAGAAAAUGCAAUGUCAUAGUUGGAAGGAGAUUCAAUGAGGAAAAGCACCCAGAGCUGGCUGCGGUAUGUCGGGACAGCACAACGCUGAUCCUGUACCCGGGCCCCAACUCCCAGAACCUGGAGGAGUUAGUGCAAUACCAGGAAGUAGGCACCGUGAAACAUAAUGUGAUCAUCAUAGAUGGCACCUGGAGCCAGGCCAAAAACAUGUUCCUCAAAAACAGCCUGUUCCACCUGCCUAAACAGGUCCAGCUCAAUAGGACUCUGUCCAGUCAGUAUGUGAUCCGCACACAACCCUCCAACAUCUGUCUGUCCACGCUGGAAUGUGCCGCUGUCGCCCUGUCCAUCCUGGAGCAGAAUGACAACAUCCAAGAGGUUCUGCUGAGGCCCCUGAAAGCCCUGUGCUCCUUCCAGCUGCAGCACGGCGCUCAGAUUCAUCACAGCAAGGAGCAUCUACUGAAGAAUGGCAUGUAUGACAAGCCCAUGCCCAAGAACAAACGCAAGAUAAAGAGGAUGGAGAAACUCGUCACUGACCACAACAUCUGUCCAAGAUGAGGGAGUGACCUGGCAGAGAAACAGGGCUCGACUCAUCUCUGCAUGCACAGCUGUCUACGCUGCACAGGACUGUAUCAUCAGGGCAGCAAGUAGCAGCAUCAGGGUACAGACAUGGAAACCACUGGACUUAUUGGGAGUUUUGUUUUUGUUUUUGUUUUUUUAGAUAAUUGCUGGUAAAUGUAAUUUAUGUAUUCGUCAUUAAUUUUAAAUAAAUUAAUGACAAGUUAAAGUAGUAGUUUAAGUGUCAUGGUGUGACAAUAAAUCAGGUUUCAUUGUUUUAAAAACAGUUUAAAUUGUUCCUCUUUGCACUUUAUAAACACUGUGGUGCUUCUGUUGUGAUUGACUGCUAAUGGAAGGGCUGAUUCCACUGAUGUUUUUCAAUAAACUAAAUCUUCAUUGGGAUACGUUACAAAAUAAAAAUACCUCUAAAACUCA